AUGACGAGUACACAGUAUUAUGAACUGUAUAGAAGAAGUUCUAUUGGUAUUUCGUUGACAGAUGCACUAGAUGAUUUGAUUCGUGAUGGGCAGAUUCCGCCACAACUUGCAAUGAAAAUUCUUUUAAAUUUUGACAAAAGCAUUACGGAUAAUUUGACGGAAAAAGUGAAAUCCCGUAUGACAUUUCGUGGGCAUUUGGAUACAUAUAGGUUUUGUGAUGAGGUUUGGACAUUUAUUAUUAAAAAUCCAUGUUUUCGGCUAGAAAAUGAUACAAUGGUGGCAGAUAAGAUAAAAAUUGUUGCCUGCAAUUCAAAAGUGUGUUGA